AUGAACAGGUAACUUACACCUGAUGGUACCAAAUCAACAAUGAGAAGUACUAUUUUACCGAAGAUUGCCAAUAAACAAUCUAAAUUAGAAUAACAACAAAGUAUCUACUAAAGUGUGGAUGCAGAAAAGAUGUAAAAGAAAACAAGGAACUUUGAUUUCUCAAACCUGUAGAGAACAAUUCAGACUAGUUAUUCCAAGAGCAGACAGAAACAAAGGACUAUCCUAUAACCCUUAACUCAUACAACAAAUAACCGAAUCUAGACCAAAUAAUAGCUAAACAGAAUAAUAAAUCAAUUGAUCCGAAUAAUGUAAAAUGAUGCUGAAUUUAUGAACUCAUGUAAGCAUUUGCAUGUCAAUUCAUAAAAGUUAUCAUAACUAUUGCUCAUGCUUACUCCACAUAAUUUUGAGACCGAAGGAUUCUUCACAAUUCAUCGUAAGUUGAAAUAAUAAUCACUGUCAAAUGAACACUCUUAUUUUAUUGAAAUUGAUAGAAUGUUUUUUAGUGUCUCUAAAUUAAACAUUCCUGUACCAUUAUAGCAUUUGAUGCAGUUAUCAUAAUAUAGUGAUUCCCUUUUUUAAGAUAAUUCCUUUGGCAUGAUAGUGAAUUACUAAUAAAUGCUAUCGAUUUUAAAGUAAGCAUAUCAAGUACAUAAAAACAUGCUGUCAUAGCAAGAGUUAAGCACAACUACAGCAAGUGAUGACGAAGAAAGGUUGUCACCAUCCACUAGAAGUAUGAUUAUAUAAAUAGAACACUAGUUGUAUAGAGAUUAUUGUCUCGCAAUACUGCAAGAAAGGUUCAAUUUAAAUAGAAGCGACUGGGUUACAUCAACGAUUAGAAUAUGGUUGCUUAUUACGAUUCCUUUACUGACUUGAAAAAGAAACUAGAGAGAGAUUGGAAUGCCAAGAACUAUAUCUUUGGAUGUAUCAGAUUCGGUUAUAUUGACCUUAUCAAAUAUCCCCAAUAUGUUGAUCAUUAAACAAAGAAGGAACUCAAAAUAUUCGGCUAAUAGAGAUCAAGAUUGCCUAUAUCCAUACAAGUUGUCUAUAAACAUAAAUCACAAGUGAUGAAUCAAGAAAAGGCAUUGAACAAAUUGAAUCUGUAUCAUCCAAAGAAUAUUUAUUAUGAAUCAUAUACUAAGGACCCUGAUUUUAUAUCUAGAGUUUGUUAUUUGAAUGUAAUCAAAUCUAAUUAUUGAUUAGGUGUAUAGUUUAUCCAAUAAAUUUGAAUCUAUUUACACAUAUAAGAAUGAUCAGAUAACCGAUUACAAUAUAAUGCAUAUUGAUAAUAUCUGCAUCAAGAACUUAUUCGCAGAAUAAACAGAAAAUAUUACCAAAGAUUAUGCCUUUGAUGAUUAAUAAGGUGGUUUCCAUAUUAAAAAGAAGGAAUAUCGUCCUCUGGAUUUAGAAUAAGCGGAUUCAUCAGAUUCAGAACCUGAUCUAGAUGUGUAUGAUCCACUUUAUGUGAAGAGCAUACAAUCAUAUCCACAGUACUUGAUAGAAACUUAGAUUCAAUUCACUUUUCCAUUGCUCUACAGAUAUUAUUACAAUAAAAUGUCAACGAAUGCAAAGAUCAUUCGUGAUAAUUACACAGAGUAAUAUUGCAAAUUCAUAAUUAAGAUUAGUUGAUUAAUGCAAGAUAAAACCUGAAUAGUAAUUCAAAGAGAAAUUUGUCAACGUGCCAAGUCCUGAUAAUUGCAAUUAUCAAAGACACAAAUAUAAGCAACCAGAGACUGUAGAUCUAACUGACGAAAGCGAUAACGAAAUAUACGAACAACCACUUGAGGCUUUAGAUAAAUAAGAUCUGUCUUUAAGUUUUAAGGUGCAACCACUAAUCAAAGAAGAAGAUUAACGAGAACAUACUCAAUAUCUAAAGAGUCAAUCCUCAAUUAUAAUACAGGAUGAAUAAAAAGUUAAUGACAAAAUUCAAUUUGCUCAUAAUGUUGCUAGUCCAUUCAUUUGUUUAUAAUGUAUUUUACUUCUUAAAUUAGACAUCAGAUUCUUAUGCACUAUUAUUAUAGUUAAGAUUUCCAUUAUCAAUUCAUAUGUAGAUAAUUCCAUCCAUAGUUGAACGAGAAUUACCCUUGAAAGAAGUGAAUAUUGAAGCAAGUACCAUAAUUAUCGAUAAUACUCUAACUAUUGAUUAAGGAAUCAAGGAUUUGGAAUCCUAUCCUAUAAUAGAUAUAGAUUCCGAGGAAGAACCAAGUUUUGAUGAAAUGCCCCUUGAAAUUGAUUUGCCAGAAUAAGUGGAAUAGUAGACAAUUGAACAAAAGAAUGAAGAUGAUGAGGAAAUUACUAUUGACAAAGUCACUGAAUUUGUAGAUUUGGAAAUAAAAGAUAGUCUCACCAUUGAAGUUAAAAAUGAUUAUGUAAGUAAAUUGGUGAUUGAUGGAUUUCCUAUUUAUUUUUAUUUAGAUGAACAUCUUAGGAAAACUGAACCCCUCAUUCACAAAGUUACUAUGGAAGGCAAAGAAAUCCAAUCAGUCCAAAUAAGUUGUGAAUAAAAGGGAUCCAAAAUUUAUAUCAAAUAAUUUGCAAUCAAGGCUUUAUGUGAUUAAAGAUUGGAAAGCAAUAUUGAGAAAAAGUAAAAUUUUGAAGAAGAGGAUAAACAAGUCAAUAUUUAUGAACCAAUAUCAUUGCCUGAAUAGUGGAAUCAAGGUUAAUUUGUUAUCAAUUUAUAUUGCUUGUAAAGAGAGGAUGUGAACUAAAAUGUAGAAUGGCUCAAAAAGGUCUUGAUCACUUAUUUUCCUUAAAUUAUCAUUGUAGAAGAGUAUAGUGAAUCCUUUGAGGCCUACAUCUACGGAGUUGGUCCUAAGGAUUUUAGAGAUGCAAAUGGAAGAACUUUGCUUUUUAGAAAAGACACCGAAGAUUGGUAUUAUUUCGUCUUGAUUUUAGGACUCAAUUUAAUCAAGAAUUUUAAUUCAAAACACUCCUAAUCUAUGAUACAAUAUGCUACUUAAUUAGUCUCUAUGGAUCUAUUGAUUAAUUAAGUUUUGUUUAAAAUAAAUACAUUUCAGAAAAUCACUCAAAGCAUACCAAAUCUAAGUUUGAAAAAUUACAUUUGCAUCCUUACAAAUAUGUUGAAAAUGUAGAAAGGGAACGAAUCAGACCCACAACUGGUUAUAGUAAAGCAGGUCCAAGAAGAUAAAAUUAUUGA